AUGUAUCGUUUUUAUUAUGGUUGUGUUCAACUUGAUAAAAAAAUGGUCGGAAGAAAAAUUCUCUUGAUUGUGGAUAAUUGCCCUGCUCAUCCAAAAAUUAUUGAAGGAUUACGAAAUGUUGAAUUAUUAUUUUUUUUUUUUUUGCCACCAAACACAACUUCAAAAAUUCAACCUUGUGAUGCAGGGAUCAUACGAGCUUUUAAGAUGCAUUAUCGUCGUCGAUUUUAUAGAAGUCUUUUGGAGGGUUAUGAAUUAGGGGUUCCAAAUCCAGCAAAAAUAAAUGUAUUAGAUGCAAUGAAUCUUGCAAUUUCAGCAUGGACUAUGGAUGUUCGUGCAAAUACAAUUGCGAACUGCUUUCGUCAUUGUAAACUUCGAUCAACAUAUAACAUGACUUUUGAGAACUCAGAUGAAGGUGGUGAAAGCACUCAAGAACUCCAGAAUUUGAUCAAAGAGUUGGGUUAUCGCAAUGCAAUGGAUGUCGAAGAUGUUCUGACUCACCCAGAAGAAAAUGUAGUUGCACAGUUGUUGACUGAUGAAGAAAUUAUUGAAAGCAUUAUUGGAAUUAAUAAAGAUGAUAUCGAUGAAGAAGAUGAUGAAAGUUCUACAAUGGAGCCCCCUUUGCGAAACGAAGCUAUUAAAGCGGCAAUCACAUUGAACAAUUUCUUGUUGAGCUAUGAGAAAACAACAUCAGAAGUUCUUUGUGACAACCGGAAAAUUAGAGACGAGAUUCAAGGGGAAAUUGAUUUCAACAAAAAACAAAAGACAACUGAGUCA